CGCGGUUUCACUAGUGUGUUUACACCGAUCACUACUAAUCCGGACCGAACCGAUCCGGAUUAAGGGGCCGGAGGCGGGUCCUGGGCACCAGCGGUUCCGACCCCCCCGCCCUCCGCGCCGCACCCGAGUGGCCCCCAGCCGAGCGGGCCCCCACCUCCCGGCCCGGCCUGGGCCCUCCUGCGCCUUUCUUGGCCUUUGUCCGGCCCCAGGAGGCCGGUCCCGCGUCCCCCGCGGCCGCCCGGGCCCGGGCCCGCGUCGGGCGCCUGGCUCUGUACGCGAGCCCGGGGAUCUGCGGCCUCCGUGGCCCCCCUCCCCCGCCCGCCCUCUCGUGGAGCCCGGCGCCGGCGGCGGCUGCCCGGGCGGGGGGUUGCGGCGCUCAGGAGAGGCCCCGGCUCCGCCCCGGGCCUGCCCAGGGGGAGAGCGGAGCGGCCCGCAGCCGGGUCGGGUCGGGGCCCCUCCCGGGAGGAGCGUGGAGCGGCGGCGGCGGCGGCGGCAGUAGAAAUGAUGGAAGAAUUGCAUAGCCUGGACCCACGACGGCAGGAAUUAUUAGAGGCCAGGUUUACUGGAGUUGGUGUCAGUAAGCGGCUGGCCAAUGCAAGGAUCCAAACCCUCGAUCUUGGUGUUACUGCGCUAACCGGCCAGCCCCAGGACACUACUCUUAAGGCAACAGUGGAAGUUGGUAAAGCUAAUCGGUGUCUCUCAGGGAGAAGCCUGGCCCCAAGGGGGCAAGGAAGAAAGGAGACAUCAAUGAAAGAGAUGGCCCCCAGCACUCACAGCACAGACAAGGAAGAGGAGCUGGGCUGGGGCCGCCAGGAAGGGUUGGUUUGGUUUGGACAUUUUAAUCCAUUCGAACGCUGUGGGUCUCCUGAAGCAGAGCAUGGUGUCAUGUGAUUCACUGGAGCUGCUACAAGAGUGGAAAUGCUCUCAGUGGUGGAGAAUGGACUGGACCCGUGGGCCGCCAUCCUGCUGGCCCCUACUGGGAUCUGAAGCCAUGACCUUGGUGUUAUUAGUGCUGUGCUCUCCCAAGUAAGCUAACUGGCCCACAUACUUGCGUGGUGCCUUUUACUGCCCAUGUCAAAGAUCAGUACCAAGGAAGGCAGAGCAUGUCAUAUAUGUUACACAAGCUUCUUGGCCUCUUUGUACCUUAGUUUCCCUAUUUGAAA